GCCGCUUUUCUAGACUCCCUCAAACAAUCUCGUUAUCGACGAGACGAGGCUCGCGAACUCGUUUGAUCUACAAUUUAUUCGACGGAUCGGGACGCUCUUGCGGGUCAUUCGGGAAUUUUACAUUUUGAACAUCAACCGAACCACGGACGUAUACCAACGAUUGUCCGACGGGCGGGUAUUGCGCGGGAAUAGUUGAAUUUUCGUCAAUAAUAUCGGAGUAAGAUCGAGCGUGUGCGACAAGCCUCUGAUCGGAUUGCUUCUCCGCGGAUAAGCGCGUCCCACCGUUUUGCCAAGUGUCACCAUUAAGCGGGCACAAACAAACUGAGUCUAAGCGAGGAUUUAAAGGAUUAAGUAUACCUUGCGAGCUCAAUAUUUUGCUCAAUAAUUCGGAGGAUCCAGUGGAUAGUGAGCGGAUUCGUCGUGACGGAUAUUCACGUUUGUUGUUGUUGUUUUAUUGGUCUGCCACGUGCAUGUAAUCGUGUGAAACGAAGUGAGUGAGGUGCGAGUGUUUAGUAGAGAAAAAAGAUAAUAAUCGCGAUCGUCGGAGGAGAUAAUCGAGUGCGGAAGUGUGAUCUUACGAUUUUUGGAGUAAGAGAGCAAUUUGUAAAAUCGGAGCGAAGACAGAGCGGGCCUGAGGGGUUUUUUGCAUCGGGUCGCAUCCGAUCGCUGGUCGAAGCUUCAGGAAGCAGGAGACACCUGUCAGAAUUAGUUCUUCGCGGCGUCGCGACAGCGACGGGCACGGUGAUGCGGGAUGUUCACGUUGGCGUUUGACGAGAGACGAGAUCGUCGUUUCAGCGGGGGGUUUGGUGGGCGACGAGAAUGAGCAUGUAGACGUCGAGAGUAUCGAUUGCAUUGAUUCGACGGACUCUCGUACGAUUGAGCAGAGACAGCACUUGUUACACCACCAGCCGAUUAUUCCGGUCUCGUAUAUUUCACCGUACGAUCAUUCGAAUUUAUCGUAUUAUCGGCGCGUCGAAGAAACCGUAAGAAACCAAAGAAUCAAGAGUUCAAUCGACAGUGAAAUCAGCGAGGAUCCGCGGAAAGAGCAACUGCUCGAUUCGAUUGGCAGCUGCUACGGAGGUGCGGAUUUCCCUGGGCUUCGAUUCAACCCAAGAUCGAUUUACAGUCUAGAUUAUGCAGAUAAUAAUCGGCAUCAACGAGACUGGGAUUUUGCUAACAAUGCCGGAAAGUCCGAUUACCUUUCAAACGUCGCCGUGACGUUGAACCAACGAUUCUAUACUAAAGGACGCGACAGAAAUUGGCGUCUACGUAAUUUGCGGCAUUUCGACUGUGAUGAUCGUCCUCGAGCCUCUUCUCGUAACGUCGAUUCAACAUUGUUAGAUAAAGCAACGUGCUUCACCAUGCCGGAGAAGGAGGUGGCCUAUCAUCAAGAGGCAUUCUCGCUCUUACCACCGCCGCCGCCACCUCAUCAUCCCCACUCAGCUUUUCACGCUGCCUUUCACCCUCAUCCGCACCACGGGCCGCCUCCGCCGUCGCCCUUUCAUACGCAUCACGGACCGCCCCCGCCGCCGCAUCCAGCCGCGGCCGCGGCCGCUGCGGCAGCCGCGUGGGAACAUCACGCUGCCGCCGCUGCAGCGGCCGCUGCAGCUUUUCACGCACCACCGCCUCAUCCAUUGUCAGGCGGUUCAACGGCGAUCGGGAGCACCGCCGGUACAAAUCCGGUCGGUUGUGGGGCCGGAAGUGGCAGCGGAGGAGGAGAACCAGGGCCCGGUGCACCCGGCAGCGGUGGCAACGGAACUUCCGGAAGUGAUUUCUUCCGAAGAAGCCAUCCCCUGUCGGAGCAUACGCCGCUUCAUCCAGCUUAUCGCAUCAACUACAUGGACCACCUUUAUCACCAGCUCCAGGCCUCUACGCACAGUCCCAACGCUUCAUUACACGGACUGGGUGGCCUGGGGCCGGAGUACCUCCUGCACGCGGCUGGUCCAGCGAGUACACUCGCCUCCUCGGAGUUCCCCUUCUCGAUCGAUGCUUCUUCGAGGCUCGGCAGUCCAAGAGCAUCGGCCAUAAGAGCCAGCAGAAAAAGAGCACUUAGCAGUUCACCGUACUCCGAUCGUUUCGACAUCGACAGCAUGAUACGUUUCAGCCCCAAUAGCCUUGCCAUUGGAUCACGUAGCAGCAGCGCCAGCGGAAGUUACGGCCACCUUUCAGCAGCCAUGAGUCCAGCACUAGGAAUGCAUCCAGGGAUGGCCCCGCACUUGCAACAACUCCAAGCUCAUCUUCUGAGGAGCGCAGCUGCCGCUGCGUUACUGCCGCACGCUCAUCCUCUCCAACCACCGCCACCGCCGCAUCCACACAGCCAUCCGCAUUCUCACGGUCUGGCGCCUCACACGCAAUUGUUCUCCGUGCCGCCGCACUCGGCCGCCUCCGUAACCCUCGGACCUCACGGGGGUGGUUUACCUCCCAAGACCGAGGGCACCGAGUCGUGUCGGAAAGCAUCCGAAGCGUCGAACCGGUCGAUCGCAGCGGAAGCUGACACAUCUUCGAGGAGACACUCGACAAAGGUCAAGAGAGAGCCGGCCACGACUACGACUGUCACGCCAACGAGCGUACCCCUGACGCAUCCGCAAGGGUUGAGUCCCAGUGAGGAUCUGCGCGAUGAACCUGGCGAUUUCAUCGAGACGAAUUGCCACUGGAGAGACUGUGGCCUUGAAUUCCCCACGCAGGACGAUCUCGUCAAACACAUCAACAACGAGCACAUUCACGCGAACAAAAAGAGUUUCGUUUGUGGCUGGGAGGAAUGUUCGAGGGAGGAAAAACCGUUCAAAGCUCAGUACAUGCUCGUGGUUCACAUGAGGCGGCACACUGGCGAAAAACCUCACAAGUGCACGUUCGAGGGUUGUUUCAAGGCGUAUUCUAGACUGGAAAAUCUGAAAACUCAUCUAAGAUCUCACACUGGGGAGAAACCUUACACCUGCGAAUACCCAGGCUGCAGCAAGGCUUUCAGCAACGCGAGUGACAGAGCGAAACAUCAGAACAGGACUCACUCGAACGAGAAACCAUACGUGUGCAAAGCUCCUGGUUGCACGAAAAGGUACACGGAUCCAUCGUCGUUGAGAAAGCACGUGAAGACGGUGCACGGUGCAGAAUUUUAUGCAAAUAAGAAGCACAAGGGGGGCGGCGACGGAGGCGGAAGCGACGAGGCCGGUGCCGGUGGUCACAGUCCCAGCAGAAGCGAAGAUCUUCAUCCCAAGACCCCGAGCUUGUCGAGCCCGAGCGUUAAAUCCGAGAGCGAAGCAAACAGUCCUCCAGGCAUGAUGCAGCAACAGGGAAGUCCUCUCGUCGGUGGAUGCAACGACGACGUUACUGGAGUCGGGGGUGUGGCCGGUGACGCGGUUGUACUUGCCGAAGAACAGUGGAACGAGGAAGCUGACAAUCUCUACAUCGCGGAUCUCCCAGUCGCUCUACGUGCCAUGGUUGGUGGCAUGGAGACCCAGCAGGCUCCGCCUCCUUCGAGAAAUCGUCUAAAGGGAAGAUUGAACGUGAAAGCGAUGCCACCGCUCCCAACGGGCAUGGUCGGUCUUCGUGGCACUCGAAUAACCGGGCCCCAGGGUAACAUCGGAGAUCUGAAUCGGCGCAUAACCGAUUUGAAAAUGGAGGGUGGUACGACGAGACAAACGAGUCUGUCGGACCUCCAAUUGAGGCUGCAGCCGCUGAGCGAGCCAAGGCGAGACAGCAACAGCACAGUCAGCACGUAUUACGGUAGCAUGAGAUCGACGGACUUUGGUAGCCGAAGAAGCAGUCAAGCGAGCGGCGUCAGUGCUGUCAGGAUGGGCCCGGCGGGACCUGGAAGCUUCUACGAUCCGAUAAGCCCGGGGACCUCGAGACGAAGUAGCCAAAUGAGCAAUACUUCCAGUCGCGUCAACCCGCCUGGGCAUCUCCAGGCUCCGUAUUCAACCAGCAAUUUGGUCGUGCAAACUCAAAACAUGUCGCUACAGGGGGUGCAAGCCGUGCCCAGUGACUGGACACCCAGCGGCCAUUGUCUGGGACAAGCCUCCAGUGACAGAAGAAUGUCAGAACCAGCCAGGGGGCAUCAGAGCCAACGAACGUCCCCGCCCGUACCACCGAGACCGAGGUCUGCGCAACUCCCGGAACUCCAUCCCAAUCAGGAAGUCCUGUUGGACGAUAUGGGCGAGGGUGAAAUGGUGGAAAACAAGCUCGUUAUUCCCGAUGAAAUGUUGCAGUACCUUAAAAACCAGGUACAAACUGGGGGAAAUCAUCAAGUUAGUUAUCGAGGGAGCCCCUUGCCGACGUGCCAGUCGCCAAUUUGUACGAAUCCUCUCCAUUACCAGCGUCAACAGCCACCCCAGUGCAGUUACAAUAACCAGCAGCAAGGGAACCAACUCACGUGUUAUCCCCAAGGAGCGCAACACCUGCAGCAACAGCAGCAUCAACAAACGAAUCAACAGAACACGCAGCAAACUUGUCCGAACUAUCAAAGUCCUUCUCCAGCUUAUUCGCAAUGUCCGAGUUCCCGUAUGAGCCAGGCUUCCGGUUACUGUCCGCCGCAGAAUUAUUCGCAGUCGCCGAGUUGUCUUCUGCAGACGCAACCGAGUCCGAUGAGCCAAGUAAUGUCACCGGGCUCGCAUUACGCUCCGAGCCACGCGAGCGAUCAGCCAAUGACGUCACCAGCGGCUGGUGCACUUCCGCCGCAGCACGGAUCCCCCCAAAAUAUACAGCAAAACACGGCCCAAAUGAGCCGCAACUGCCUCCCAACUAAUCAUCAUCAGAACGUGCCUUAUUAUCCGGUGUACGGUUGUCAGGCUCAGGUCAAUUCAAACUGUGGACAAAUGCACGGAAACCCAGCAAACUGCGGACCGGCUGCUCACCCAGCAACGUUGCCCUGUGGCCAAAUGAGAAAUUGCCAACAAAUCGGCUCGCACUGUGGCCAACCGGUUGGCAAUCAUUCCUCCAGUCGAAUACACGGGCAACAUCCGGUCUCGCAGUGCGCCCAGGGAAAUCCUUGCUCCCAAAACGUCAUUAGGAGCCCCACUGUCAAUGACGGUCCUCAGGAUAUGGACGUUGCGAAUAGAAUGGCGAUCGGUACUUGUCCAGCGAUGGGUUCGCACUGCCCUCAAACGUCAAUUGGAAAAUUGCCUGUUGCCGGGAACCAAGUUAGCCAACAAGUCUCCCUCCAAUCCCCGGUUGGGCCGUGUUCCCAAAAUCCUUUAAAUUGCGUCCAUCCUGGCAUGACGUCCCCCAGACAUCCCCACGGAACUACCAACAAUACGACCAAAGCGACAACCAAUUUGUGCAACGUACAAAACAACUGUAGAAUCCAGAGCUGCGCUCAUACCGGCUGUCAAAUAUCGGCCAAUCACAUCAACCAAUAUGGAUGCAAUUGCCAAUGGAAUUACAACAACGAGCAGUGCUACAAUGGCCACUCGACCGGUGAAAUACAGUGCCGUGACAUCAGCCAAUCCCAACAAGGCUCACCUGUCAAACCCCCACAGGGCAUGAGACAAGAUUCCUACAGACGUACGCUCGAGUACGUUCAACAAUGUAGGAAUUGGUCGGGCAACAAUGCUCCGACCCAUGAGACCAACGUAUCGAGCUCUACUCAUCCGCUGUCCUUGCCUCAACCACUUCCGGCAAGCAGCAAUAUGGUCGUCAACGACAUGACAUCCUCGCUCAGUAGUUUACUCGAAGAGAACAGAUAUCUUCAAAUGAUCCAGUGAUCCAGAGUGUAUUUUUAAAUAUACGCGUUGCAAAGUGCCUUGGCAAACCUGUGAAAAUUUACGUAAUUAAUUAACAUUUAGAAUAAAUUAAAGGUCAACAGAGGGAGCGUGUAACACACACUCGAAAACGAGCAAGUGCCUAAGACCACAAAUUCAGUGCCUUCGUUAUUUUAUUUAUUUCAAUAUUUCGGCUCCGAGUCCAGCCACGUAUACACUGUUUUAUACGCAUCGAUUGAGUGAACGCAUGAUUUCUAAAGUUCCCGAUCCGAGAUCGCCCCUGACCAAAUUAUUCUACGCGACAAACGUGUUUUUACUUGGAACUGUAUCUUUUUAUUUUUUACAUUUGAAAAAAGAUGAUUUUUUCGAGCUCAGUGAAGAGUGUACGACGUACGCUGUGAUACGCAACAAGAGAAACAAAUUAUUGUUAAUAAUAACAAAUAACUUUUUUAGACUCUAAUUAUGUAAGGAAAAAUUUUAAGUAUAUGGAAAAUGAUUUUAGAUCGAAGUUAAUAAACUGUAGAAUUAUCUUUUAUAUGAUAUUAUUAGAUACUGAAACUGCUGAGAAAUGGUGGCCAAUACUAAAGUUUUAAGGUAUGUAGAUAGGAACGAGUGAAUCAACGUAUGCAUGUGUCAAAUCCUCGGGAGUGUCACAAAUUUCACAUCUCCCGGCUUUUAAAUACAAUAUCGUAGGGAAAAAAAUAAAAAUAAAAAGGGCGUGCCAAGCGAUCGCAGCCUGAUAAAUCAUUUCCGGUCUGACCGUUCAAGUCGAACUUUUUCUGAUGCGGGUCCAAAAUUUAUUCUCCGGAUACAUAUCGAGUGUCACGAGAGAAAAUUUAUUCUCGGAGAGUUAGAGACUUAGUAUCUAGUUAUUAUUAUUCUUUUUUUUCUUGUUAUACAAAUACAUUUUUGUACGAAUAUUAUUGAUAUUGUAGGAAGAUUAAAAUUCGGAGCGAACUUUUGUGAAUAUUAUACAUAUCUAUUCUAUAUCAUUUAUGUGUGAUGGCGGAUGACGGGGCAAUGAAAAGCUCUUGAGUGAAAUUGUACUGCCUGAAAAUUGUUAAUUAUUUGAAUAAUAAAUAAUGUCGAUUGAACCACGA